GGGCGUGCGUGUCUCGACCCCUAUGGGUCAUACCUCAGGGAAGGAUGGGACGUGUUUGGGGCGUUGCAUUCUGGGAGUUGUAGUUCCGCGCGUCAUCGUGGGCCGUAAAAGGGGUUUAAGGCUGUGACUCGGAGCCUCUGGUCUUUCACCUUCCCGGCGUUCCCCGCGGCUUGUGAGGCAAAUCCGGGAAGCUUCAGGUGCCAGCGCGUCUCGUCGCGCUUGUGACUUGAAUCGUGAGUUGUAAGGAUGGAGCCUUCGGCACCUGUUCUCUGUCUCUUCGACGUCGACGGGACCCUCACCGCCCCGCGACAGAAAAUCACCAAAGAAAUGGAUGACUUUCUGCAAAAAUUGAGACAGAAGAUAAAAAUUGGAGUAGUUGGAGGCUCAGACUUUGAAAAAGUACAGGAGCAGCUGGGAGAGAAUGUGCUUGAAAAAUAUGAUUACGUCUUUCCAGAAAAUGGUUUGGUAGCAUACAAAGAUGGCAAAUUUCUGUGUAAGCAGAAUAUUCAGGGUCAUCUGGGUGAAGACCUAAUCCAAGAUUUAAUCAACUAUUGUCUGAGUUACAUUGCCAAGAUUAAGCUGCCAAAGAAGAGGGGCACUUUCAUCGAAUUCCGAAAUGGGAUGUUAAAUGUGUCCCCUAUUGGAAGAAGCUGCAGUCAGGAAGAACGACUUGAAUUUUAUGAACUAGAUAAGAAAGAAAAUAUAAGGCAGAAAUUUGUGACUGAUCUGCAGAAAACAUUUGAAGGAAAGGGCCUUACAUUUUCUAUAGGAGGCCAAAUAAGCUUUGAUGUAUUUCCUAAUGGAUGGGAUAAGAGGUACUGUCUGAGACUUGUUGAAAAUGAUGGCUAUAAGACAAUUUAUUUCUUUGGAGACAAAACCAUGCCAGGUGGAAAUGACUAUGAAAUCUACACAGAUUCCCGAACAGUAGGCUAUUCGGUGACCAGCCCAGAGGACACACAAAAAAUCUGUGAGGAGCUUUUCUUAUAGUCCUUUUUUUCCUGACCUUAAGACUGAAAGAAAAAGAGUCAUCUUAAAACUUAGAGAAGAUAACAAGCCUCUGAAGACUGAUACAUCACCAUUUAAACUCCAGAAAUCCUCCUCUGCCCACCUCCAAAAAAUUGUGCGGUUCAAAAUUUAAACCCACCACUCACUGAACGGAAGCUGCUCCUACUGACUUUGGGAUUUUGUUUUGCCACAACUCCACUGCGAGACUGACAUACCUGUUAUCAGGGUUUUAUUCAGGUUGAAUGACUGUUGUCCUCUUCUUAAGCCCCAUUCCUUUCUGUGAAGCUGAUUUCAUAUGACCAGCCAUAUGACAUCCAGUAGAAAACAUGUCCCUCAGCCUGGCACUGCUGGAAACUCUGGAACUGACUUCUAUUUGAAUAGCACAGCUAGUUGACCUGCUGUCUAACAAUCACAUCUGUUACUCACUGCCUUUGAUGGAAGAGAAAACAUCUAGCUAGCAAGUGGUUGCUGAGGCCAGAGUAGCCUUCUUCUAGGAGCCUGCCCUCAUGGAAGCCUCAGUUUUCUACAAAAUCUGAGCUGGUCUCUUGAACAUCAUAAAACAAAACAGUUCUAGAACUCUCCUCAGCCUUCAAGAACCAUGUUGUUCUUGGUUAAGUUGGCUAAGAAAUGCUCUAAGUUAGCUACCUACCUCUUAGCUACUUUAAAGAUAAUGUAAAAAAAAAAGCCUAACUGAUCAGUUAGCAAUGUGAAGUUUUUCAUUUUCUCUACCAUUAUUUAUUAGUGAAAAAUGCCAUCUACUAUUGAUAAACCCUCACACAGAAUUGAAUGUUUGCUUUAAAAGAAAUGAGAACACCUAUGGUUUCACUUCUUUUAAUUAAUUGCUUCAGGACUUGCUUAUUUGAAUCUCUGGUAAAAAACGGGACAAAAUCAGUUUUAUCCAUAUUAUACUCCUGGAGAAUAACAAUUUCCCAAGAAAAAUGUACCAAUCUUUCCAAUGAGACGGUUAAAAUGCCUUUUUUUUUUUUUAAAUCUUGGAAAAGAACCCUCUAGCACUCCCUCUCUUUGCUGCUGAUAAGAGUCAAAGGAUAGGUAACCGUAACAGCAGCACUAGCACCUGCAGCUAGGUCUUAAAUGCCAGGACUUUGUACCAAUUAGACUUCCUAUUGACUAGCUUCCUCUCCAGUGCCGCAUUGGUAAAACUAAUUAGUAACUGAUGUGGCCCAUAGCAUGUGAGCAAGUACCAGGGAAGGGAAGACUGCCCUGUUUAGCCCUUUCUCCCAAGUUAGACUGGGGCUGCUACUUAAUACAGCACUCCUAGGCAUAGGUCUGGCGAAAAGAUUGGGAGUGGGACUCAUGAGUGUUCUUUGCUCCCACCAACCCACUCAAAGUGUUGCACAUAGCAUUUCUGAUUAGUAACAUUCAGAAAACGUGACCAAUGAAAGGCUUGUUUUCUUAACACUGCAAAUGAAAUGAUAUACAAAAAGAUUUCAAAAUCAAUAAAAUUCUACAGUUUUUAGCAAAA